UUCCCGAUUUCUUCGGCCACUCUCCUUCAAAUCCUUAAUUCUAAUCCCUAACAUUAACACCUCCAAAUCCUGUCUCCACUCCAACACCCACAGGCCACCACCAUCAUCGUUAACGACUCCAAAACCCGAAGGCACCUCUACAAUUAUUUUUUUUCCGAAUUUAUCUUCAAUGAUCAUCUGAAUCCCUUAAACGACGUUGAAAAGGUGCCGUUUUAUCACACACCAAAAGAGAACAACUUUGGUUAAACGUUGUCGUCUGAUUGAAUUUAAACAGACAUAAGAAAAAAAAAAGGGUGUCGUUUCUAGGCAUCAAAGAAGUGAAAGCAGAAGAGAACGCCUAGGCAGCAGCCAUAACAAUUAACGACAGCAAUGGAGGAGGCAAGUGAAGAAAAGAAAGGAGGCGGCGGCGGAAACAAAGAAGGGACCGAUUUGCUGGGACCUCCAACCUUCUCGGAACUCCCAAACGGCAGGCUCAAGUGCGUUGAAACAGGCCACGAGAUGGUCGUCAGAGACAAGGAUUCCUAUGCUCACAGCAAACGUUGUCGUUUAGGCCUUAUCGACUUUGCUUUGUCUCACUCUAAGCCCCCUCUCAACAUGUUCAAACAAGACCCUCUUUCCCGUUCGAAGUUGAUUUGUAAACUAACUGGUGAUAACGUCAAUAAGUCUGAGGAACAUAUUUGGAAGCAUAUCAAUGGGAAACGGUUUCUCAAUAAAUUAGAGCAAAAGGAAAUGGAGAAGGAGUUGAAUGAUGAAACCAUGUGCGAGGAAGGUGAGAAGAAGCCAAAGAAAGUAAAAAAUAAGAAGAAGAUGAAGGAAAAGGAAAAGGCAGUUGAAGAAAUUAUCUCUGAAGUUAGAGAUUCAGCUGAAAAUGAAAGUGAGUCUGAAGAACCUGAGUUCUGGAUUCCCCCGGUUGGAGACCGUUGGGACUUUGAUGACGGAGGGGAUCGAUGGGGUUCUAGUUCAGAGUCAGAUGAAAGUGAUGAUGAAAACGAACCAGAGGCUGUGGUCGAAGAACGCAAAAAGGAGUCCAAAGAGCUUUCUACAAGAGCAAAGAGAAUGACAAUAGAAAUCGGACCGAGCAGCUUUGCAUCAAGGAAGAAGAAGAGUCGGAAAAACACAAGCAGCUAAGUUGCCCUUAUGGCUUGUGAAGGCGAGUGUUUUUGGCAUGUAAUUCAGCUACAAAUUUUCCAGUUUUUUGUUUGGCAAAAUAGAAAGGCAAAUUCCCAAAUCCCUUUGGAUUAAAUGGUUUUAAUUGUAGUAAAUUUGACUUGCUCUUUUGUUUUACCUUAAUCUACUUUUGCUAGUUUGUGGA